AUGAGUACCAACGGCGCACAAGAAACUCUCACCGCAUCUACGGGAUCUGGAAAUGCAACGGGUGAUGGGGAUUUUAUGGAACGUGCUUAUGAAUAUGGUGUAAUAGUUCAGUCAUCCAUAAAGUCAUUUCUGAGAUGGUCGCUUGUGUGUGAAGAAGCUGCACGAAAAGAGCAAACACAGCUGGAGAAAAUCAUCGGCGAUCUAGGACAUGAUCCUACUGCACCGAGUGAUCUCUAUACUGUUACGGAUACGGUUAUGUUCGAUUCAGCCACGAUUAUGGCAACAUUGAUAAUAACAUUUUGUGUAUUCUAUUUUAUUGACUUCUUUCUGCAAAUCUUUGGUGGAUUUUCCGUGUUAGGAGCCGCUGAUGUAUCUCCUUCUUUAGCUAGUAUUCAACCAAUCAUACCUCUAAGAACAAGGAAACGUAAGAAGAGUAGCGGAUCGUCAAUGUCAAGAGAAAGUAUUGUUCCAAAUCUUCCUUCUGCCACAGCAUCACGAGUAGAUAGUACACAAAGUUCUACGAGUUCUACCGGGAUACCGAUGAAGGAUAUUCUCACGAAGAGCUUCAGAACAAGUUUAUCGAAGGAGACAAUCACACCUCCGCCUAUCCCUCCACCUAAAGAACCUAAACAGCAAAGCAUGGUGUCCGAAAGUGAAGUCAGCGCUGAAAUAUAUCCCACUAAAAAGGAAAGCACCAAAGAAAAGGGGGCAAAGAACUCAUCUGCACCGGGCUCAUCGGAGAAUGUUUCCUCAAAAUCCAACGUUACAUCAAAGGCGUUGUCUAGUCGCAAAGUUGCUGGGCGGUCACCGAUUACGGUCGCCAACGUAAAUGGGAUCGAACUUCUUGACCUGAGAUCAAAAAGAGCGGACACGUGUAGCGAGCAAACAUUUCACCUUGACCGCGACUUUUCCACCUAUCCCCCUAUCAUAACGGGAAGAGGGCUCGUGAUAAACGAAGAUAAACAAACGCAGACUACCGAUGAGGAUUUUCUCGCUGAUUACAACCAAAGCAACAAUGACACGAGAUCAAGCGUUGAAGGGUACUAUCAUUACUCUCCUGGGAAGGGUUACAAAAGAAGAACUCGUGAUUAUAUAUACGAUGAAGACCAUAAGCUGGAAUACGCUGAUGAUUUGUCUGGAGAUGAAUUCGAUUCGUAUGAGCACGAGAAAGCUCUGGCCUAUCUGGAAUAUGAAGCUCAACUGGAUGGCCUCCGCACUGAGUUUUCCAUAGAUGAUGUUGCAGAUCCAGAUAGACUACUGGACGAGUGGGAAAAUGUAGAGUACUCUCCUACACUGCUUCCACCUCGCAAUCCAUUAUUAAUGUUUUCGCGUGAUGACGAUUUAGAAUCUUUGUAUUCUAAAGCUGAAGAGAUAUAUAAGCGAAUCAAUGUCCAAGGACAGGAAAAUAGUCAACUCGAGAUUCUGAAAACAAUGGGAUCGAGAAUAAAGGCGCAUGGUGUUGAAGAAGAGCAAGUUAUUUCAGAAUUAUCCACCGCUGUGCAACAGGUGAGCCAGCCUAUGUCCCCAGGCCAUAACGCUGUAGCAUCGCCGAAGUCAAAGUCUGGACCAAUUUCAUCGCCAAAAUAUCACGAAGAAGGAGACGGUGGCACCCGUCUGGACAAAAUCGCUGGCAAUAACGUAGGAGACGAAAGUCUUGAAAGCGAAACAUUUAUUCCCCAUGAACUUGGCCUCACCAAAGAGGGGUUGAUGGACUGCGACUGGGAAGAACCGCGCUCGCUUCAGUUGUCAAACUCCAUGGAUUAUGGACGUCACGAAUCAUUUCUGGCGCAGGGUGACGAUGUAGCAUUGUUCGAGCGUGACGAUAAAACAGCCAAAUCGAUUAGUUUGUACAGUGUAAGACAAUCAGUGGAACUUCGCCGUUUUCAUCACGUGCUGUUCACUUAUCCCGAUUCAAGUGCAAGCAAGGUUCUACUCACUGGAUCUUUCUUUGGUUGGAAAAUGUCGUUACCUAUGCAUCGCGAAGGGAAGGUAUUUCGCCUAUCCAUAACUCUUCCUGCCGGUAGACACGAAUACAGAUUCCAAGUUUAUCGUCAUUGCGAAAAAGCGAAGAUUGCACUAACCAUCGCUUGUCUGUUUGCAUUGUUCGAUUUGGAUAGCAUACAUGAGGAGGACAAACUGCCGAGUAGUCUCUUGAGAAAAGCAGAAAAAUUGGAGAAGCCGCUAGAGAAAGAAAAUUGCGCUGGCAGUGUUGUUGAUUUGUUGGCAGUGGCAUCCGAAAUUAGCCCGAUCCUCACCGACGAGGAUAUUCGAUGUGGAUAA